GAAAGGAGGGACAAAUGUGAAGGAGGAGUGGAGAAAACAUACAUACACACACAUAAACCGCCGUGUCUGGCUUUUUUCCGAUAACCCCGGUCACCGUUCCUCCUUAACCUUCACCUUCUUCACCUUCUUUCAUUCAUUCAUACAUAACUUCAAACACUUCAGUUUCAACCUUUGUGCCUCUUCUUCUUCUUCUUCUUCUUCUUCUUCUUCUUCUUCUUCUUCUUCUUCUUCUUCUUCUUCUUCUUCUUCUCUUUCUCAUGUUUUUCAAACACAGAUUAACACAGAACUAUUGUCUCUCUCUAGAAAUCACACAAUUCUGAAAUUUUCUUUGGCUUUCUUUCCAUUUCUCACCAACCAAACAACCAACCCUAGAACACCCUUUGUCUUUCUCUCCCUCCAUAACUGAUUGUGCAAAGAAAGACAGAAAAAACAGCAAGUGUAAGUCUUAAACAAAGCUUCAAAUUCACCUUUAAAAAACUGAUCAAGCUCUUUGUUACCCUUGUCUCAACUUAUAUUAAAGUUGAGAUUUUCAAAAGAAAAAAAUUGUUUUUCCUCUUUUGCAUUUCAAGACACAAGGUGGGAAAUUCAGCAAUUCCUGAAAUCAGGCAGCAAAGAAGGGAGAAGCUAUAAAUACUACAAUCAGAAGCUAUAAAGGGUUUUGGCUCAGAUCAGAGACCCAUCUGCAAAAUUUGCUGGCUUUAGCUUAAAAACAAAGCAGAAAGGUUCAGAUCAAAGGAAGAGGGUCUGAGACCUAGUUCAGUCUUUUGCUUUUGAAAGCGUUUUGUGCAGCAGCAACUGCAAAAAGCUUAACAAGGCCCUCCUGACCCGGACCGUGAUAUAUCAGAGCGUUGAAAAGGCCUUUUUAUCCCUACAACACAACAACACAGCCAAAGCAGUCUCUGAAUCAUAGUCAUCAAUGCAAAGAAAAAGGACAUAGCCAACCCCACACACCCUGCUGCAUUCUCUCAUCACCAGCUACUAGCAUAGCACCUCUUCAAACUGCUCAUUUAUUUAUUUAUUUUCUCUCUCUUUCACUCUUAGAAGUGUGUGAGGAUAAGAGAAGGUUUUAGUUUCUAGCUUGAUUCAGCUUCUGCUGUUUUUUCAAAGGCAUGAUUGUGGUAUGGAGGAGGAUGAGAUUCAUGGACAUGCUUGCAAGUUGCCAAGACUUGGUGGAAAUGGAAGAAAUGAGCCUAACAAGAUAGGUCCUAGAAGAGGGAAUGAGGAAGAGGAUGGAGGAGGAGGAAAAAAUGGUGGCAGCAACACAAACAGGUUCAGCAAUUGGAACCACCACUCCUCAAGAAUCAUUAGAGUUUCUAGAGCAUCUGGGGGGAAAGACAGGCACAGCAAGGUCAUGACUUCAAAGGGUUCAAGAGACAGAAGGGUUAGGCUAUCUGUUACCACAGCUAUUCAGUUCUAUGACCUUCAAGAUCGAUUGGGUUAUGACCAGCCAAGUAAAGCUGUAGAGUGGUUGAUAAAAUCUGCUGCUGAUGCCAUUGCUGAGCUUCCUUCCCUGCCUGAAACGCCAGAGCAGCAAAGUCAUGAGAGAAGAGGACAAGGGUUUGAUGAUUCAGCUGAUGCAGAGGUGGAACUAGAGGGUACUGAGACAAGUUUUCAUCAUCAGCAAAACCAGAACCAAAACCAAAACCAGAGCCAGAACCUUUCUUUGUCAAAAUCUGGUUGUAGCAGCACCUCAGAGACAAGCAAAGGCUCUGGUUUGUCCCUCUCCAGGUCUGACAUUCGUGUGAACCGUGUCAAGGCUAGAGAGAGAGCAAGGGAAAGAGCUUCCAAGGAGAAAGAGAAGGAAAAGGAGAAUGAUUCACACAUUGCUCAGCACCACCAACACCACCAACAACACAACAAUGUGAACCCCAUUUCUCAAACAGCUUCUUUCACUGAGCUGCUAACAGGUGGAAUCAGCAGUGCAGUUCCCACAACAACAGGGCCAGUUCAUCAGAACAACAACCAGCAAUGGUGUUCUUCUUCAUCAGCAGCACCAAUGGAUUACUUCACUUCAGGGCUUCUUGGUCCUCCUUCUUCCACUUCAAGAACCCAACACCAUCAUCACCAACAACAUUCUUCAGGGUUCUCAAUCUCAAAUAUCCAAUUGGGGCACUCACAUUCCCUUGCUGAAGCCAUGUCAGUUUCACUACCAUUCAAUGGUGAAAACCAUUCCUCUGCAUCAGACCAGAUGCACCAGCAAUUCUCCUUCAUCCCUGAUCAUCACCUCAUGCCAGCAACAGCAGCUGUGGUUACUUCUUCUUCUGCUUCUCAGGCCACCGGGAACGGUUACAACCUCGAUUUCAGCAUCUCUUCGGCAGGCCUUGCUGGUUUCAAUAGGGGGACCCUUCAGUCCAAUUCUCCGUCUUUUCUGCAGAGGUUUUCACCUUUAGACGGAUCCACUGUACCAUUCUUCCUUGGAGGAGCAGCUGCUACUGCUCCUGCCAUGGAGAACCACCACCACCACCACAACCUUCAGUUUUCACCUGUUUUUGAUGGCGGCAGCUUGCAGCUUUACUAUGGCGACGGAUGCCGGCAUUCAGAUCAGAAGGGGAAGGCUAAAAACUGAGCUCCGGGACACAAUCUUUUGCUCCAUUUUCUUCCUGGAUUUGAAAAGGAGAGUACUAAGAGCAAGUUGAGUCCCAAAGCUUGCCUUGGCCAAAACAGAUGAUACAUUUUUGUCAUCAAGUGUUGUAUUUCUUGUGGGAUCAUUUUGAAGUCAUUCAAUUACAUUCAGUAUUUGGACAUUUGUAUUGGUUUGUACGUUCAAGUUCAUUAUGUGUUUUGGAGAAAUGUAAAAUCUACUUGAGUGUUGAUAUAGUCUUGUACUUCUAGUAAUUGUUUGAUAUUGUCUACACAUAAGUGGAGAAAAGAGCUGAAUUACUCUGCUAAAA